AAUGGUGACGAAAUGGGCGUGGCGCUGUUGCGCAUGCGUACUAGGCUAGAGGAAGCAGGCAUCUGAUGCAAGCAGCAGUCAGUGUGUGAAAGCCACUAGUCGGAGAGAGAAGGACAUGGAAGAGAUCAAUGAUAACACUGCCGGGCUCAAGCUGGAGGAAAUGUACAUUUCUGAGCGCGAGGGAGAUGAUUCCACUGGCGAUGGAACCAAAGAAAAACCAUUUAAGACCAUUCUAAAGGCCAUGUUAGCAGCCAGGAAAGAACCAUUCCCCACUUUCUAUGUGGAUUCUCAGAAAGAGAAUGAGAGAUGGGACGUUAUUUCCAAGUCUCAGACGAAGAACAACCGCAAGCUCUGGGUGCGCGAGCAAAUGAAAAACGAGGCCAAAGAAAAGAAGGAGGCAGAAGAUAACCUGAGGCGAGAAAAGAACUUGGAGGAAGCAAAGAAAAUUGUUAUCACCAACGACCCGGGUCUUCCUGAGCCAGUGACACUCAAGAUUCGAGAAUUGGAGGCUCACCGGGGGCAGCGAGUGAAGGUGUUUGGCUGGGUUCAUAGGUUGCGUAGACAAGGAAAAAACCUAAUGUUCAUUGUACUAAGAGAUGGCACUGGGUAUCUUCAGUGUGUCCUGAGCGACCAAUUGUGCCAGUGUUACAACGGACUGGUCCUAUCCACAGAGAGCACUGUAGCUGUGUAUGGCACGUUGAACUUGGUACCAGAUGGAAAACAGGCCCCGGGAGGUCAUGAAUUGGCUUGUGAUUACUGGGAACUCGUUGGCUUGGCUCCUGCUGGUGGUGCUGAUAACCUUCUCAAUGAAGAGUCCGAUGUGGACGUCCAACUGAACAAUCGCCACAUGAUGAUCAGAGGAGAAAACAUGUCCAAGAUCUUCAAGGUUCGCUCCACAGUUAUCCAUUGCUUCAGGAGCCAUUUCUUUGACCGUGGCUAUUAUGAGGUUACGCCACCAACUUUGGUCCAGACUCAGGUGGAGGGGGGUUCCACUCUGUUUAAACUGGAUUACUUUGGAGAGGAGGCCUAUUUAACACAGUCCUCUCAACUAUACCUAGAAACAUGUAUCCCAGCACUGGGGGAUAGCUUUAGCAUUGCGCAGUCCUAUCGAGCGGAACAAUCCAGGACGCGGCGUCAUCUGGCAGAGUACACCCACAUAGAAGCAGAGUGCCCCUUCAUGACAUUUGAAGACUUGCUUAACCGGCUGGAGGAUUUGGUGUGUGAUGUUGUAGACAGAGUGUUAAAGUCCCCUGUGGCCAGCUUGUUGUAUGACCUGCAUCCGGAAUUUAAGCCUCCCAAGCGGCCUUUUAGAAGAAUGAACUACUCUGAGGCCAUCACUUGGCUCAAAGACCACGAUGUUAAGAAGGAUGAUGGCACUUACUAUGAGUUUGGGGAGGAUAUUCCAGAGGCCCCGGAGAGACUGAUGACAGACGCCAUCAAUGAGCCAAUCUUGUUGUGCCGCUUCCCUGCAGAGAUAAAGUCCUUUUACAUGCAGCGCUGUGCAGAGGAUAGGCGUCUGACUGAAUCUGUGGACGUGCUGAUGCCCAAUGUGGGCGAGAUUGUCGGCGGCUCCAUGCGUAUCUGGGAUAGCGAGGAGCUGUUGGAGGGCUACAAGAGAGAAGGAAUUGACUCAACGCCAUAUUACUGGUACACUGACCAGCGCAAAUAUGGCACAUGUCCGCACGGAGGCUAUGGCCUGGGCUUGGAGAGAUUCCUUACCUGGAUUUUAAACAGACAUCAUAUCAGAGACGUGUGCUUGUACCCGCGAUUCGUCCAGCGCUGCAAACCAUAACCACUAGAACUAAACUCCUCCAUCACAUUCUGGCUGCACACGUCCAAUGGAGGCCAAUGUUGUCUUCUUAUAAAGUAACGAUUACAUUGUGGAACAUAACCUAUCUAUUUAGGAACAACGGCUGCUCUUAUCUCACCAUCUGUAAUUUCACUGUGAAUUCCUUGAAUUUAAUUCAAUCUGUCCCGAGCUGGUAGUCUAGGAGCUUCCAAAGCAAUUCUGUAAGGCCUGCUGCCUGCAAUACCUGCUUUUCUUGAGCCUUGUACACAUCCGUAGAGUCCUGUAGCGGGUCUGGAUACCUGUGGGUUACCCGCAAAAAACUAGGUAACCUGCGGGUAGAAGUUUUGAGUGUGGGUAUAGACGCGGGUCGGGCUGCGGGUCUUCUCAAUAUCGAGUUUUACUCCUUUUUUCUGUUCAUGCCGAUGAUGUCACUUCCAGUUUAACAAUGACAGCACUUCCUGAUUCUUGAUGGUCAGGGGGUCGUGGAUGGGUUGCGGAUAAGGUACUUGCGGGAUUGGUCGGGUAGUGGGUCCAAGCGGGUAAGAAUGCAGGUCCGGUUACGGUUUGCUGGUCCUUGGUCGGGUUCGGGUUUAACAAAUUGGUUCCGCGCAGGACUCUACACAUCCGUGCACACAAGUGCAAAUAGGAUCCAAGUCAGUCUGACUAGUCUGGUCCCACUUCUACCCAUAAUCUCCUAUGAAAAUCACUUAGACCCCUACACUCUUGUUAUCCAGUCUGGAUUAGGUGCUGAGACUCAUUUGAGAAUAGGAUUUAUGGUUCAAGUAAGAUCCAACAAGUGAAGUAAAGUCACUAAAUUAAAAUAAAAUAGUGCACAAGGCCUUAAUCACAUUCAGACUAUAACCGUUUCUUGUUCCCUGAAUAAUGCAACAUUACGUUGGUCUCUCUGUGCCGAUAUGUUCAGAUCCACACAUGCUCUAUGUCCAUUGUUUGGCUUCUCGGUAAAGAGAUUUCGGUUCAUGAGCUUGUUUGUGACCAGAUGGAGAAUUAAAUGUUCAGUAUCAAACCAAGUGCAGCUGUCAAGCUUACCUUCCCGUUACCUUUUAGUAUGUUGAAAAAGGUUCUGUUUCAGUUAUUUAUUUUUGUAUGAUUAUUGAAUUAUUAGCCACCUAUCCUGGUUCUUUCAAGUCUGCAGCUGAAAAGUAUUGUCCGUAACCAAACCGCAGUCUGACUGUCACUUUCCAGGAUCUCUAUUACUCUAAGCCUAAGAGAUAACAAAUAGUACAAAGAUAGAUCAUUUGCAUGAUUGUGCUGUUUACAUCCUACUAAAGUUAAUUCUCUAUCAGUGAUACACACAUCUUGGUGCCACCCUGCCUGUCUUGCCCUUUUUGGGGAGGGGUUAGUAGACCAUAUGAAUACUUGGUUCUUAUAGCCCUUUGUAUAUAAAAGCAGAAUAGGCUUAUGUAAGUAAAUUAACUCCUAUUUAAUAUUUUUAAAGGCAAAUAAACAAGUUCAAAGCACUAUGGGUGACUUGGGACCCUUAAAAGC